UUUGUUAACUAAAGUCUGGCAUUAUCACACCAUUGAGUGGAGAGUGGUAUAUCGAACAACAUUAGAAUUAAAUAUUAGAAAAAAAAAGGAAAACAGUGUAAGGUUAUGAGGUACUGAGGAGAUGAAAAGGAAGUGAGAACAGAGAGAGUGAAUCUGAAAAUAGAUAGAUAGAUCUGAGAAAAAAAUGUCACGGGUUAGUAGAUCUGAUUCAGGGAUUUGGUUAAGAUGGUGUUUGGUUUUGUUUGCAAUGGUAUCCGCUUUUGGUGUAUGCGGUCCUGCUCUUUACUGGAGAUUCAAAAAGGGCAUCACUCUUCGCAAUUCCAAAACCUCUUGUCCUCCUUGCAUCUGUGAUUGUCCUCCUCCUCUCUCCCUCUUCCAACUCGCUCCUGGGCUAGCCAAUCUCUCUGUCACAGAUUGUGGAGGCAAUGAUCCGGAACUAAAGGAAGAGAUGGAGAAGCAAUUUGUCGACCUUCUAACUGAGGAGCUAAAGUUACAAGAGUCAGUUUCUGAAGCGCACACGCGGCAUAUGAACAUAACUUUAGCCGAAGCAAAAAGAGUGGGAUCUCAAUACCAAAGAGAAGCAGACAAAUGUGUUGCUGCGACUGAAACGUGCGAGCAGGCACGAGAGCGGGCUGAAGCCAAGCUCACCAAGGAGAGAAAAUUGACUUUGAUAUGGGAGAAACGGGCACGCCAAAUAGGCUGGGAAGGAGAAUAACUGGAUCAUGUUUAUUAUUUUUAUAGAAGUUAUUUAUAUGGUUAUAAUCAUCAUUUUAUAUAUAAGCAUACAAGCAAAAUACUCGAGUUGUCAAAUUAUUCUCCUCUUACUGGGCUUGUUUGUGACUACAAUGUGCUAGAAUCAACAAUUUUUCCCUCACUGAUGAUACCAAUUCAUGAUCCCACAUGGGAAAAAUGUAAAAGAAUCUUGCCAGAUAUACUACUUAUGACCUCGUUUAAUAUAUGAUACAACAAAUUCUGUCGGUUGGGCUGC